CGGAAGCGAGCACCCGGAGCUUGUGACUGGGAACAGAGGCGGCCAUCAAUCCAUGGGAGACGGAGCUGUGUUGGUUUCGGACUGUAUCGGGACUGCAACGCAAUAACAACACAUUAUAAGCGCUCACAUAGCUGGGGCCAUGGAAACGCAUGGCACGGAAGAACCCAAGGGGCCCGUAUUGCAUAUUGUGGUGGUUGGAUUUCAUCACAAGAAGGGCUGUCAGGUGGAGUUCUCGUACCCGUCCCUGCUCCCGGAUGAGAGUCAUGACAGCAGCUCUCUGCCGGAGGAGUGGAAGUACCUGCCUUUCCUGGCCCUGCCCGACGGAGCCCACAACUACCAGGAGGACACAGUGUACUUUCACCUCCCUCCCCUGCCCGGGGGCCUGAAAUGUGUGUAUGGCGUUUCCUGCUACAGACAGAUCGAGUCCAAGGCCCUGAAGGUUCGCCAGGCCGACGUCACCAGGGAGACGGUGCAGAAGAGCGUCUGCGUCCUCAGCCGAGUGCCCCUGUACGGCCUACUCCAGGCCAAGUUACAGCUCAUCACACACGCCUACUUUGAGGAAAAAGAUUUCUCUCAGAUAUCCAUUUUGAAGGAGCUGUAUGAACACAUGAACGGGUCUCUGAGAGGGACGGCACUUGAGGGGUCACAAGUCUACCUGGGUCUGUCCCCGAGAGACUUAAUUCUGCACUUUCGGCACAAGGUCCUUAUUCUGUUCAAAUUGAUCCUCCUGGAGAAAAAGGUUCUCUUCUACGUGGCUCCGGUUAACAGACUCGUGGGCACGCUGAUGACUGUCUUAUCACUUUUUCCCGGAAUGAUCGAGCACGGCCUGGCCGACUCGUCCCACUACAGGCCCAAAAACAGCACGUCCGAGGACGUGACCCUGGUCCCGGGGAUCCCCCCCGGCGCGGAGGAGUUUGUCUCCGUGUCGGUCACGGACAUCGCCAACGCCACGCGCGAGCUGGUGGGCGAGGCCUCGGGGCCGGGGGCGGAGCCGGGGGCGGAGCCCGGCGAGGGAAGCCCCGCCCAGGAACACCGCGUCGUCGGGACCCCGCCCUCGGCGGGCGACGGCCAGCACCUGAAGCCCCCCGCCCGCGCCUCCCCCGAGUCCUCCGAGAGCGAGUGGGAGACGCUGGACCCCAGCGUGCUGGACGACCCGGGGGCCCCGCCCGAGCUCCCCGAAACCUUCGACCCCGAGCCGGGCCUGCCCAUCACCGUCCAGCCCCAGUCAUCCAGCAGCCCCGCCUCCCUCACCCCCGGCCUGCUCUCCGGCCUGGAGGAGGACCAGUACGGCCUGCCCCUGGCCAUCUUCACCAAGGGUUACCUCUGCCUGCCCUACAUGGCCCUGCAGCAGCACCACCUGCUGUCCGACGUGACGGUGCGCGGCUUCGUUGCCGGGGCGACCAACAUCCUCUUCCGCCAGCAGAGGCACCUGAGCGACGCCAUCGUGGAGGUGGAGGAGGGGCGGAUCCAGAUCCAGGACCCUGAGCUGCGGAAGCUGUUGAGCCUGACCACGGCGGACCUGCGCUUCGCGGACUACCUGCUCAAACACGUGACGGAGAACCGCCAGGACGUCUUCCUGGACGGGACGGGCUGGGAGGGCGGCGACGAGUGGAUCCGGGCGCAGUUCGGCCUCUACGUGCACUCCCUGCUGUCCUCCACUCUGCAGCAAGAUAACGAGAAGCUUCUGGCUGACUAUGGCGCCCCGUUCAUCUCGGCCUGGAAGAUCACCCACAAUUACAGAGUGUGGCACAGCAACAAGCAUCCGGCCAUGACCGAGGUCACGCCAGGACAUCCAUUCCAAGGGCAGUACAGUGUAGCAGAUGUAAAACUAAGAUUGUCACACUCGGUGCAGAACAGCGAGCGCGGGAAGAAGUUAGGGAAUGCCAUGAUGACCACCAGUCGGAGCGUGGUACAGACCGGGAAGGCCGUCGGCCAGUCGGUCGGCGGAGCCCUGAACAGCGCAAAGUCAGCCAUGUCAUCCUGGUUCUCCACGCUGGCACAGCCUGCAGCAGUGGGAGGGGUGCCCUGCCCGGAACAGCCCCCGCCCAAAUGAGUACUGACCACCCCAGCCCUUCAUCACUCCCUCUUCCUCCUCCUCCUCCUCCCACUGCUGGAAACCCACCGCCUGUCAGCCGCACUCUGACGAGGAAGAGGAGGAGGGGCGAACACUAAUGUCAUACAGGAACACCCCCCCCCCCCCCCUCACCCCGCCCCUAACCUCUUUGCAAAAACUCUAAUGGAAGGGGUUUACGCCUUCCUCCUCUCCCUGUUCCUGUUGCCGGGUUACAUCGCGUUUUAGCUGCUCUCCGAUGCGCUGAAGGAACUGGCGUGCGGAAGAAUGAAGUGCGCGUGUCUGCACCUCCCCCUCCUGCCCUGUAGGUGGAGCCCCUGUGCGUCCACGCCCCACCGAGGGCGUGCGGUACCAGGGACGAGCUACGCUAGGCUGAACGCAGUCCUUAGGCGUGCGCCCGUUCUGUGUUCCAGCUCAGCGCCCUUCUGUCCUCUGUAGUUCAGUAUUUGGGAACUUACAAAUGAGACAAAAAACAAAACGAAAAAAAAACACUAUUGUGUUGCUUUAAUGAUGCAGUGCUCCGUGUAACUUUCUGGAAAGGCUGAUGUGUUAUC